AUGCAGUCCUGUGCAGUGUCACCUCUGUGCCUUUGGGGGUUGCUGUUCCUCUGUACCAGUGUGAAGGCACAAAGUGCUUUCGAUCUGAUGCGAGACGCCGCAGUGGCCUGGAGUGGAGCCCUUCCCUGCGGGAACUGGGACUGUGAUUGUGUCUUCAAGCAUCAGAGGGGCUGCUGCUGCGUGGCCAAUCAGAUGAGUGCCCUGGAGGACAACACCUUCACACGCAUGGUGGACAUCUGGGAGCAGCUGUCCCAGUUCAACAACGGCGUCCUGGAGGUCACAGGCAACAAUAAGAUUGCAUUCACCGCGGCGAUGAGAGCCAGAAGUGACUGCUUGGGGCCCUACACCAGCAACAUGCCCAUCUCCUACUCAUCCAUCUCACUCAACCAGGGCAACGGAUACAGCCCCACCCUGGGUACCUUCACUGCCCCGCGCGCAGGCCUCUACUCCUUCUCUGUCACGGUGUACUCCAAUGUGGGCAUUGACGGUGCUCGCCUCUACCACAACGUGCAGCUGAUGAGGAAUGACGAGGUGCUGGCCUCCGUGUGGGAGGAUAACCGGGAGGACCAGGAAGACAGCGCCACCCAGACGCUGCUGGUGUCCCUGCGCCAAGGGAACCAGGUGUACGUGCAGCUGGUCUCCGGCAGGAGUCUGUGUGGAAACGCCCAGGAGUUGAACAGAUUCAGCGGAUACCUGGUCUACCCGCUAACAGACGCGUAGAGGAGAGAGACACACAGACGCACACGCGUGAACACGCAUCCAUACAUACAUGAGAAAACUCAUGCCACAGGCAUGUAAACAGUCACUCAAACACACACACACACACACACACACCCAACUGGAUGAAUACAUAAAGAUGUAGGAAUUUGGCGUACACGCACUCUAACAGAUAAAUUCGCUGGAGGCAAAAUGUAUUAAAUAAAUUCUAACAUACUGGUGCAGAUUUAAAAGUUGAUCGACAUCAAAAUUCCAGUGCGAUAGUUCAAAGAGACUGAGUCACAAAUAAAUCAUGCAA